AGAGCUGCUGCAGAGGCUGAGCGCGCGAGGUGCGGACACAGUGGCGGGAGCGGAGACACAGCGGGACGCACGCACGCGCUAUGGACUACUGUUAGAUUAUAUCAGAGGAAAAACAGUGCGCGCACAGGACAGCAGUUACUCGUGCCUGAAACCUCACUCCUUUACUUUUUUACUUUAGUUUUGCAGUUGUUGCUGUUGUUGACGGUUAUUUGUCAGUUUUUACUACGCACCUUCGGGCAUCAUGAAGUUGCUGCUUUUACCAGUUUUGAUGCUUCUUUUAUCUGUUGCCCAAGUUUUUUGCGAAGAUAACGACCCCAAAGCAGAGGCUGACUACUGGACGAGUAGUAAUCAAAUUCAGGACGGCUGGAUUUCCAAUGACCCCUUCAGAGAAAUCCUCUUGAGGAUGACACGGAAGCCACGGCCGCAUCAGUUCAUUGGUCUGAUGGGGAAGCGGUCUAUGGCAAAUUCACAGACCACCCGAAAAAGGCAUAAAGUCAACUCCUUUGUUGGACUGAUGGGGAAAAGAAGCCAAGAGGAGCCAAAUUCGUAUGAGUGGAGCACAGUACAGAUGUAUGACAAGCGCCGCUAAACGCUCAUCUCUUCACCUGCCUGCUUCUCAUCUAGCCAUUCCUCUUCCCUGGGAGGGGCAUAUGACAGUUUCUCCAGACUGUGUUUAGCUGUUAGUCUAAUAUAAUGAUUCUGUUUCCACAUUGUAGUGAUGUAGCAGUACUGUAUAUGUGCCAGUUUCAUUUGUCCCAGCAGAUUGGGGUGAGACGAAGGGGAAAUUAAUUAUCAGUGUCAGUGCUUUCUGUGAGCGUUUUCGGCCAUUUGUCACGCCACAAAUACUACAUGUUGUUGUGGACAAUUAAAGCAAGGCUGUACCCUAGGGUAUGCUGAAAAUUGCACUGCCAAAUUCACUGUAUAGUGCCUCAUAACUGUUUGAUUGCAACUGAUUGUUAUAAAUACAACACACUGGGACAGGUUCUCAUUUAGUCUUUAAGUGACUUUAGAGGAGCCGUCAUGUUCUACCCCUGGACAUAUCAUUUGAUGUGACAGGAUACCUGUGUGUUUCAAUGGUUUGACAAAUAUUAAAAUUAUUUUCUUUACUGGUUCAA